AUGGGGCACAAGAGAAGAGGAGUUUCCGCACGCAAAUGCCAAGUGAGCCAUGGUGGGAAACAAGAUGAGAGUCCGAGGGGCUCAAGAGCAUCAUCGGUGUCCAAGCAUGAGGAUACCGUGACGAGUUCGCAAAGAAUGCUCGAGGCAAUAAUAGCACACCAAGGGGAGCCGGUUCUCGAGGUAGAGAGGCUCAAGGGUGACGCCAAAGGCAUGUCCGAGCGAGACGAAAGGUUCUCUCAUGAUGACGGGGAAAGUCUUCAUGAGGAACCAGACGAGGAGCUAACGCUGAACGAGAAGUGGGCUUAUUGGAUGGAAGUUAUUGCUGACCAUACCGAGAAGCUCAUUAAUUUAGAGCAUAUCUCAACUUCGUGGGAACAAAGGGUCAGUAGACUUGAACAAGCCGAAGAUGAGGCCAAGCAGACCCAGGGUGUUGUGGAGUCCCGCCUUGAUCGAUUAGAGUCCAUGGAGGGCAGAUUCAAGGUCGAGACGCAACGAGUUCUCGAUGAGUUGGAGAUGGUUCGAGGGAGAAAUGCCCAAGAAGCCGAGGUAGCGGCUUUGAGAAGCGAGGUGGAGGAGCUCAAGAGGGAGCUACUCAUAUGCAAGGGAGCAAUGACUGUAGCCGGAACGCUAACUGAGCUUGCUGAUGUCAAGCCAAGUAGCAAUGUGUCGUCCAGGCCCAUGCCCAGGGAUAGUGGCAACAAUGGGGGAGACCGGGAAAUGGUGCAGCGAGGAGAUGGUAUAGAAAGCUCUUCGAGUGGCCAAGUUGAGCCAUCGACUGUUCGCGGCCAAGGAAAGCCAUCGGGUAAGAAUGGAUGUCCCGAGAAGCGUCACCUUACAACCAUCAUGGAGAGGAUGGGAGAAGGAGGAGUAGCAAGCAUUGGCGGAGGCAGAAGAGUUCAAGCUGCCAAGUCAAGGGAAAGACUUGGUCCGAUUGAUGGGAUCAAUGCGGCCAAGCAAGGAUCAAGACGAGGCAAGGCUGUCGAAGAUGAGGCAGUCAAGCCAAGAAAGAAGCCAGAUGCGAUUGCGAAUGAUCGAGCAAUCAAGUCAGGGGCAAGACUUGACGAGGCUACAUGUUCCAAAGUAGCCGAAUCAAGGGGCAAGCAUGGUGAGACUACAAGUUCUCAAGUUCGCUCACAGUAUGCCAAGAUGGAGGCGUGGUCCAAGUUGAGGCGCCUCAGGCAUAAGGGGACACUGAAGGAGUAUCCGUGGGCAAAGAGGGCGUUGGAGCGAAGGGAAGUCAAUGAGCUAUCUGAAGCCUUGACAACCGCGGAGUCCAUCAAAGAGUUUGGAGUCAAGAAGAACAAGACUUCCAAACCAAAGCCGAGAGCCGAAGGUAGCAGCAAGCGAUCCCGCAAUGAAGGCAAGUCGAAGGAUGAGGAAUGUUGUUCCUCGAGUGGUAGGGAAAGUCCACUCAAUGAUAAACCAGACGGUGGAUCUGGUGAUGAUGUGUGCACUAGUUCAAGUGACACAGAUGCUAAGCCGAGGGUCGGGCAAGACCUAACUCUUAACGCGGAUGGAACAAAGUUUGGAUGGGAUCCAAGACUUUGCCGCAAAGGACAAGGAGGUCCAAGUCGAGGCAAAUCAAGACUUGUAGGAAGGAGUUCCUACGGAAGAGAUGCACUUGUGGGCGUGUUAGCCCCAUUUCAUCACUUGACGGCAAGAGCCGAAGCAAGCACAGCCAUUAUGGGAGGCUGA